AUGGGAAAAACAAAGAAGAAGUUAAAGCAAAAACCAAAAGAACCUGAAAAACAAAGUCCAUUAGUUCUUCAUAUGCAAGAGCACAAUUCAGAACUGUUUAAAAUAUACAAAUCUUUUCAAAGCCACGAAGAUCAAGUUAAUUUAAUAGAUAACGCUGAACAGAUACUCCAGCAAACCAUUGACGCCUUAGAACUUUUUUCUGGAGAUUUUCCUUCACUUUUGAAUUCAUUUAUUAAUCUAAUCCAUGCCCAGCACCCAGAAAGUCAAUACCAAACCUACCAAGAAUUCCUAAACCUCUUUGCCGUUUUAGCAGUUUCUAACAGCCUAAAAUCCUACAAAUCUAUCCAAAUCCAGCGAGUUUUCGCUGAAACCAUCUUAAAGUCAAUAAAAGAGUUCAAAAAACUAUCUCAUCAAUUCAAAGAGCCUGAAGAAGCUGCAACAAUUAAAAAUAUUUUAGAAAUCUUAAAUAAGCGUAGAGAAACAAUAAAAGGAAACCCAAAUGACAAUAUUUCUUUUAGCUUCCGUAAAGAAAUUAGUCCUCAGGAGGCAAAAGGAAUCCAAGAUCUUUUUGACUUUUAUUCAAAGCAGCAUCUUAUGGUUGGGAGAUCAGCCACAUUUGAUUAUAUUGGGGAAAGUAUUGAUAUUAUUGACUCAGGCAGUUUUUUAUAUUUCGCUAAAUGCUUUGGGUUGUUUAGUGAUAAAAAAGUAGAGGGAAAAAGGUUUUUGACAAGGAAAUUGGUGCUUGAUAUAUUCAAAAGUUGUGCUCAACUGCAAAAAAAUAUGAAUUUCGAAGGGUUUAAGCUUGCUUUGGAUGAAAUUGCAAAAUUAUUGUUUAAUAAAGAAUAUGAUAAAUUGCUAUCGGUGCCAUGCUCUGGGCUGGGAUUAGACGAAAAAAGAAUAAUGCUUUAUGAAUACAUAAAAUGUGGGGAUUCAAAGUAUGUCCAUCAAAAUUGUAAGCCCAUAGGCAAAACAUUUUGCAACUCCCUAGACGAUGGCCCUAGAAUUCCGAUUGAUGACCCUAGUAGAAAAUAUAAAUUUAAACCAAGUGAAGAAGUUAAAGAAAAACUAACUUUGUAUAGAAAAGAAAAAGAAAUGAAAGAAAAAGCCAGCAAAGAAAAAGAAAGUCCAGAAAGAGUCACAAAGAUUGUGAAAAGAAAACCUCCACAAGCACCAGUAGAAAGAAGCUUAAUAGAAGAGCCACAAAGGAGAAAGCAGGAUGUGCUGAGCAUGAAAGAUAUUAACAAUCUAUCAUAUCAAGAUAUUGAAAACACUGAAAAUUUAGAUGAACUAAUUGCAGGAAGCUCCAGUGAAGAAGAGUACUAA